GUUAAGAAUUUCACGACUAAUGCACAAAUACUAAUAAUUAAACUACUUAAUGCAAUAUGAGUUGGUUCUGGACUCGUUAUACGGCUGGAGUCAUUAUUGCAUCUAUUAAUAUUGUGGGCUUUGUAAAAUACUUCAUUUCAAUAUAUAAUUCUUAUGUACACUACGACAAUAUUUUAGAUCGAGAUCGUGGAGAAUAUUUAAAAUCAGAAGCUAUCAGAUCAAUGUUAUUAUGUGCUGUUGCAGUUUUAAUAUCUAUUCUUUUUAUAGUGGGUAUUUUUAAGAGAUAUCAGUACAUGAUAAUUCCUUGGCUGUUGCUUUGUGUCUAUAUUAUAUUUGAAACUAUUCUAAUUGCGGGCUCAGGAUUGUUUGAAGCUGUAGCAAUUGAUUUGCCCAUUUUGACGAUUUUGGUAAUUUUUGUGAUUGUUGUAUUGGUACUUGUUAUAGAAAUUGCUAUUUUCUGGUUUAGCUACUCAUUCUUCAAGGAGAUACAUGAGGAAAAUAAAGGAAAUUCUCAGCUUCAAUCCGAAGAUACGAUGGCAGAAAGAAAUUUUAUCUGAUCCUUUUAAAUGUCUAGUUUUAGGUAAUUAUUUUGCAUUUAGAACUUUUUUAAGCUUAGUUCCAUUUAGAUAGAUAGAUAGAUAGAUAGAUAGAUAGAUAGAUAGAUAGAUAGAUAGAUAGAU